CGGUCCGAGUACAGAUUCCCAUAUCAGAACCCCGUGUUCUGUGAAACCGCCCUCCGCACCCAGCGCCAAAGCCUUUGAGACCAAUCCCGCUUCUUUCGCUAGAGUGGCAGCCAGAACCCCCGGGCCAAACGGUAAAGUCUUAGAGGCAAACCACAAUACUGCACGCAGGCUCGCGAAGACAGUGGAGGAGAUUGAGACGAAGCGGCGUGUAAGCUCGGGUCAGAAACAGGAAGCCAUGUUUCCUUCUCAGCAAAACGCGCCAAACCGUGGCGCGGCUCCGAUGGGAUCCGGCCGUGUCAACGGAAAGAUUCCCGUGGGUAGUUCGGGUUGGCCAUUCGGUGGUCAAGCUGGAAUGCCGAAUCUUCAACAGGGACGUGGUGCUGGUCUUGGUAGCUUCGCUGGAGCUCUGAACAAUCAAUCCAACCAAGCCUCGCUUGACCUGUCUGAAUUUCCUAGCUUGUCUGGUAACCCCCAAUCUCAUCACCAAUCAUCCGCCCAGGCGAUCUGGUCGAACCCUAGCCUCCGCACCCCACAACAUGCGCCCGGCCAACGUCCUCAAGGACAGAAUCCCGCUUUGGCACCCGGUCAAGCGCAAACCCACCAAGGCCCGGGGCGCGCCCCAGAGGACAGUCGCAGUUCGAAUGUAUCUCCAUUCAAUGCGACCCCGGACGAGUUCCGAUUCGGCGGCCAACGAGGUGCUGGACCGUUGUCGGGCCUUGGUGGUCAGCCUCAGCCCGGUAGCAUUGAAGAAUUUCCUCCGCUUGGUGGACUGGGUAGCAACGACCUUCCUGGCGAUCGACGGGGAAGCAGCAUAUUGCAAGAUGCGUUUUUGAAUGGCGGGAUGCAGCGUUUGGCGAUUGGGGAUGCCAGAGUCGGAGCAGCCAUUGGCGGUUCCCGAGCUGGAACUGAGGGAGUCCGGAAUGGACAGGGCGCUUCUGAAUCCAGGCCCACUUCCCGUCCCGCACGCACUCUCACCAACCCAUCAUUCUCGAACAUCCCCGCCGGCCAGCUCGGAUUCGCUCAUCAAAGUCCCCUCGGACCGUUGGGUUCGGAACCUCGAGCUGAAGACGCUGCCGAAACCACCGAUGCUGUUCCAUCUGCCCCGGCUCCGCAGCAGAAGCCCCUCCCCACGCUGACGAACAAGGAGGCCGCUGGGAUGAAAGGACUCCUUGCCAUCCUCGACAAAGACCUUCCCACCAACAAGUGGCUUGCUUUCGGUCAAGAUCUGACUCAGCUUGGCCUCGACCUCAACCGACCCGACAAUUCCCCCUUGUGGCCUACUUUCCACAAUCCCUUCGAGCCGAACGCCCCCGAUGCACGACCGCCGAUUCCCAAGUUCACCAUCCCGCAGCACUACCUUGUGAACAAUGUCCCUCCUCUUCAUACGCGAUUCGGAAGCUUCACUGAUGAAACGCUCUUCUAUAUCUUUUACACGCGUUGCGACGAGAUUUGGCAGGAGCUGGCGGCAAUGGAACUAUACAAGCGUGAUUGGCGCUGGCACACCUCCCUCCGCCAGUGGAUGAUGAAGGACGUCAGCUUCGGCGCCCCGAUCCAGCUGGGCAAGGACUGCGAGAGGGGCUACUACGUCUUCUUCGACAUGAAGACCUGGUCACAACCCAAGCGCGAAUUCGUCCUCUACUACGAAGACCUCGAGCAACGCCACGCGGACACCGUCCGUCAGCCCCCCGCGACGAUGUAGACCGGCGCCGGGAUUUAGGGGAACUUUGCCACGCUUUGCAGCAUUUGCAUGACCGUCACGCUUUUCGGAACGGAUCACACGACUAUGGAGCGACAUGAGGGACCGCAUGGGUCUCAUAUGGGAACUGUAUAAUUACAU